AUGCCGAGCCAUUCCGUCACGAAGAUGGGUAUAGGAAUUGGAGGUGAUUGCCCAUUGAGCGCGCUCAUCUCGUUCGAGUCCUCGCCAACACACAUCCGUGGACGUGUUAUUACAGUAGUCUUUGCCGACCGGGGCUCGCUGCAACGGCCGUCCUGUAUCGUCGUGCACGCCUACAAACCCAGCCUCGCCUUCAACGGACGCAUGCUUCCCGAGGACAUCGACCGCAUGCGGCGGAUCGCCAUCAGGCUCGACUGCGUGCCCGCCGCCGUCGCGCUCUACUUCCGGUUCGCCAUCCCGGGGACGCAGCGCUUCAGGCUUGACAUCCAGCGCAACGUUCAGAAGGCUGCGCGCGACAAUGACGAGUUCUCACGCUCCAGGGGGAGUACACAGUCGAUCUGGAAGCUGUCUCGAGACGCCUGA